GACUGACUGCAGAAAGGAGGAAAGCACUUCACUGCAUUCUCCGUGUUGUCUGUAGCUGCCUCAAUGACGAAUGACUGCUCUCAGAGAAAAUUAGCUGAAUUCUCCUCUGGGCUCACACUCACAUGUUGGCCACUCUAAAGCAAAGAUAUCUCUUGGUGGGGCCCUUUUAGGGUGAAGAGCUUGAUCUCAGAUCCAAUAGGGACUACAUUUGAUCUGCUUUUUUGGUAUUUCUAGACUUUAUAUGAUAAAUGGUGACAGUUUUAUUGCAACAAAAUCUGACUUUCAGCCAAAGAAUCUGGACCAGAUGAUCUAUGGAUUGUUGGCAAGAGUCAAUGCAUCUGCAAAUGAAGUGGAUGAGCAGUUUAUGCAGCAGGAAAAGGGUUUGUCCUCUGUUGGAGUUUAAAAGCAUCUUUUGCCUCAGAGUUUAUAAUGGUUCCUACUGAGAAUACAAGUCAAUUUUCAUCAGCUGAUUUCUGCCCAAACUGCAGCUCCUCCAGCCAUUCAGAUGUGCACAUAGCCAAGGCGGUGGUUUUAGGGCUUGUGCUUGUUGUUUUUUUAUUGUUUGGAGUUCUUGGAAACAUCCUGGUGAUCCUGUCUGUUCUGCUCCAUCACCAGUGGCGAUCUGUGACGCAUUAUUUUAUCGCCAACCUGGCAGCUGCGGACCUCCUGCUCAGUUCGGCCGUCCUGCCUUUCUCUGCCACCUCAGAGGCUCUGGGCAGGUGGGUGUUUGGCCGUUCUUUCUGCAACGUGUGGGCGGCCCUGGAUGUCCUCUGCUGCACUGCCUCAAUUCUUAGCCUCUGUGUGAUUUCCAUUGACCGCUACCUGGCAGUGAGCUACCCUUUGCGCUACCCGGCCAUAGCUACUGGCCGGCGAGGCCUGACAGCAGUGGCGGCUCUCUGGGGACUCUCAGCCGCUAUAUCUGUGGGGCCUUUGUUUGGUUGGAAGGAGCCUGACCCAGAAGAUGAGACUGAGUGCCGAAUCACACAAGAACCUGGAUAUGCUUUGUUCUCAGCAUUAGGGUCUUUCUACAUACCACUGGUUAUCAUCCUGGUCAUGUACUGUCAAGUGUACACAGUAGCAAGAAGAGAAACCAAAACCAUUAGGAAGAGCUCAAAAGGAGAGGGGGUGGAGAUGGAAGGAGUGACAUUGAGGAUACACAGAGGAAAUGCAGCUCAGGCAGGGAAACACGAGGGUGAUGAGGAGACUAGGAUGCACAAGCGCUCCUCCUUUCCUUUGCCAAAGCUGCUGAGGUUCUCAGGGGAGGAAAAGGCAGCCAAGACUCUGAGCAUCGUGGUCGGAUGCUUCAUCCUGUGCUGGCUCCCCUUCUUUCUGGUUUUACCAAUAGGGUCUAUCUUCCCAUCUUGUAAGCCCCCUGAAACCAUCUUUAAGAUAACUUUCUGGCUGGGUUACCUCAACAGCUGCAUCAACCCUAUUAUUUACCCAUGCUUCAGCCAGGAGUUCAAAAAAGCCUUUCACAACAUGUUGAGAGGGCGCUGCAUAAGAACUGCAGUUCCUAGUGCCAAACAAGGACACCCCACAGCUCAUUCCUUUAGUCCCGGCCCGUCAUCUAAUGAAGCCAUCACCUCAAUCCAGGACAGUGCUGCUGCUUCCUCGUGGGCUUGCUGCAGGAUGCUGUCGACAUCAACAUCAUCUGUCGGUGCUCAGGAUCAGGCUCAAAGUGGACAUGUCCAAGGGAAGGGUCUGUUGAAGGCUUGGUGCCUUUCAGCGAGGCGAUCCUCUGUAGCACACAACCCCUCCACAAAUGGUUCAGCUAAAGUGUUACGCCUGUCUCUUGGCAUUUCUGGGGAGCCUGUUUAAUUGGCUUCAGAGAGUUCAGGACUUUCAAUCUUGUCAUCCGCCUCCUCAGAGGAAAAGUAUGUACAAAUCUGUCCACAAAUGCAAAAUCCAAGAUAAAAUGACUGCAGCAGGCUUUUGAAUUGGGAAAAUGCAUGCUCAGCAGGAAACCUUUAGACUUGUUGUAUUGCUGGACUCAAUGGAAAAGGACUAAACCAAAAAUGUCACUUUGCAAGCAUAAACACACAGAAAGAAGACAUACCCUGAAGAGCUUGGGAAGGAUUAAAAGAGAUACCAGCAAUCUUCUCCAAAUGAAAUUGAAAAGCAACCCCAGACAUGAUUUAGUUAAGCAUUAGUGGUGUUUCUCCAGUUUUCUCUAAAGGGAACAACACCAAAAUCCUGUAGGGAUAAUUGCUAUGAAGUAACAGCUCUGAGUGGGAAGAUGUUAGAGUGUGUUUCCUCUCAAUUCAAGGGAAACGUUUGAAAUAACAAAGUCAGAAGAGAAACAUGCAGUGGCUGCCAAUUUUUUCAUGCCCUUUGUCACAUUAUCACCACACACCUAAAUGUGGUUCAUUGUGAGGAUUUAACAUGAAAUAACACCACAAGGCAUUGCAUAAUUGGAAAAGAAAAGAAAAAUGGAAACAUGGUUUCCAAUUUUUUUUUUUUGUGCAAAAACCUAUAAAUUGUGGCUUGAGUAUGCAUACAUGUAUAGCCCCAUUAAUUUUACACUACUAAAUAAAAAUUCCGUAUAGUCCUGUUGUGACCAUCUGCAAACCUACAUGUAGACAUGGCUGUUCCACUACAGUACACUCAUUGGCUGAACAAGGAGACGCAGUAAGGGGUCCGUGGUAUCUGGAGGACCUGCAGAAGGACCUGCAGCUCAGCUGUAGGAAUCUUUUGAAGAACAUAUUUUAGGUUUUAUUGAAGAUUGACCAAAAAGAUUACCAAGCAGGGUUCAUGUUUGCAGCUUGUCUCAAUGUAUUUAAACACAACCAAGAAACAACGUGCAGUGCAAAGCUUUAACUGCUAUUCCCUGAACACGCUAUUUUACUAGGGUAAAUUGGAGGUCCAGGUACAUAUCUUCAGCAGAAUCAUGGAAGCUGGUCAGAGUUUAGCUGAAUAAAAAGCUAAGUUAUCAGAGUCUUCCCAUUAGAUGUUUCAAAAGACUUGAGGCAGGGUCAUAAGUUCAUCUUUCAGCAAGACAACAACCCCAAACAUACACCCAAAGCCAGAUCAAUGCAAAGUCACGCGUUAUGUAUUUAGUAUGACUAAAUCGGAUAAACAAAACUCAAGUAAAAAAAUUUGAAAAGUCCGCAGAGUUUAUGUUCUUGGGGUGUCCUUGUUCUCUGAGCUUAAGCUCUUUUGCAAAGAAAAACGUGCAAAAAAAUUCAGUCCCUGAAUUUGCCAAGCUGAUCAAAUCAUACAGCAGAAUAUUAAAGCUUUAUUUGCAGACAAAGGUGGACUCAUAAUAUUUACUCAGAGGAGGCUAAAUGAAAAUGCAUCAUCUCAAACUUUAGAUUUAUUUCACUUCAUAAUUAUGCACAAUUCUAAAAUGAUUAAUACACUUUCAAUUAAAUCGAUUAAAGCGUGUGGUUCUAGACUGAUAAAUUGGGAAGUUAAAGGGGUGUGAAUACUUUUGAAAGGCACUUAAUAAUUCAAAAAUGGAAAAAAAAAUCUGAAGCUUGACAAACUGUUCUGAAAUACUGCUGGUGUAAAUAUUGCUGCUCUGCCAAUGAGAGGUCUGGUUUUCUGCUCAAGGUAAUGCAUGAAGAAAUUGAAGCAACAACAGUGACACAAUAUUCUCUGAGAUCAAUCCAUUUUGUCAGCAAGUCUUUUGUUCCCAGCACAUUGACUAUUUUUUGCUAAACUAAAGGAGUAAAGUAAAUCUUCAUGACUAGAGAAGCAGUGGUGUGAUGAAUUCAAUUUGAGUAGAUAUGAAGUAUCAUGCCUGCGACACUUCAGUUUAUGCGGGAAGGAGACAGGUCAGUUGGUAUUUUUAGUUUGAGUUUUGCUCACAUUAAUAAUUGAACCGAAGCACAAGAAAACAGAAAAAAAGGAAUAAAUAAAUCUAGAACCAGCAGCAACAUAGUAUAUUCAUAUUUAUGAAAUAAGGCGGAGAUGACUAAAUAAAAGCAUGUGUGACAGUUGCAAACUAAGAUCAAGAGGCACAGACAACUGAGGAAUCUGGAUACUACAAAAUUAAACAGAAGAGGUGGAACAAACUUACAAAUUAGGAAUCACUUAGAAUUCAUCAAUGAAACCAUUUUGUUGUGUAGACAUGCCUAAAACCAGGCUAUAUGCUUUUACCAGAGAUAGAUAAGAUACUAUAGCACAUAGAAAUGCAGUUAGUUGUUGAAUUUAUUUGGGGAGGGUUUAAAAGGCUCUGUUCAUGCUGAGAAAGGGCAAUGCAGAUAAAAAAGUUUGCUUUGAAGUGCUGAUUAAUGUGGACAGAGAAGGUCAGAGAGAGAUGCACUGCAACUUUGGCGUACAUAAUGGGAUAGCUGGAAGAAACGUUGCUGUUGUGUUAGAAAGUCAGGUAAAGAAAUCUGUGGGUUUGGUGCAGGACAUGGGACAGCAAGACAGAGGUCAGGUGGGAUUAAAUCAGGGAUUAUUUUAGAGUGCUUAUAAAAGCAGAGUCAAUUCCUGUUUGCAGGAAUGACUAUAUAUUGUAGGUAGGGGACCUUUCCUUUAAAUGCCAGCUCAGAACCCCCAACUUCCAUUUCAUACGUUUGAACAACAAUUGUUUUAAAGGAAAAGUCCGGUGACAUUCAGAAUAAAAACUUCUGAAAGUAC